GAGAGAGAGAGAGAGUCUGUGAGGAGGCAGAGUACGAGAUACACACAGAAACAGAGGCAUAGCAUGCACUUGUGAGUCAGAGUGCUUGUGUGCGUGUGUGUGCGGGUGCGUAUAAGUGUGUGUACAGAGAGACAGACAGAUAGAGAUAGAAGGGAAAGGAAUUCCACAGACAAAUGGUGCUCAUCGUGCUGUAGAGAAAGAUAUUGCAAAGAAAUCUAGCAUGCAAGUGAGAAUUCCAAGAAAGAAGAGGAACGACAGAGUGUGUGGACACUGAAAAGGAGGAAAGCAGACCCAGACAACCAUGAAACCUCUUACACAACUGAUCAAGUGAGUGAUUGAAUGAAUGAUUGACCUGACGGACACAGAAUUCGACCAUCACGGGACCAACAAGAACAUAGUGCACCUUAAAUCUUUUCGCACAACGGUGCUUUGUGACGCAUCCGACAUCUCGACCUCCAUCUUUCCCAUCCUCCACCCUUCCAUCAAUCUUUCGGCUUCUGGAAACAGGCAGGGAAGUGUUUCCUGCGUCCUCGCAUAUGCAACAGGAGCAUCCGAUGCGAUGGGUAGCACACCGAGGUACAAGACAGCCUGAGACAGCAGCAUCAGAGGGACUUUGUGUCCAAAUGCAAGGAGAGACAAAGAUCUACUAAAUAAACCAAAUCCACUGCACACGUCCAAAUCCAGAGAUCUGCCACUAAAAACACAAGAGACAUAUAUACAGGAAAAGAAACGACACUACCUAUGAGUCUGCAUAUUUGUGCCAUGUUGGGAAAAGCACUUGAAGCAAGGAAGGUCUGGCAAGACUCCUGAGACACUCUCAGACCUGUCAUAUCAUCAAAGAGUGGACACACUUACUGUCAGAGUCAACACAGACUAUUUGAGGAAUUCUGGGCUUUUAAGUGACUGGGAGAGCACCUUCCAGAUCUUUCCAAUGCCACAUGAGCGCCUCCCAAAAAGCCUUUGCUUAUCAGAACACAGGUCAUGGAAGUGUAGCCAAUAUCGAGAAAACUCAGAAAAGGGCCAUACCACAACGGGGACCCAAAACAGGAAAGAAAUUUUGUGCGGUUUUGACACUGAGGUGGAUAAAACGUCUGUAACAAUUGUUGCAUCAGUUCCUUUCUGAAACUCAAUAGGAUUAAAUUAAACAGUAUUUAAGAUCUCAUUAUUCUCCUAAAACUAUUCUGUAUUUAGGUCUUUAUUGUAUUUAUGUCAAGAUAUAUAUGAAAACAUUGAUAAAAUUGCCAACAUAUCUUCUGAUAUUGAGUGUGACGCACUGUGUAGUGUUAUAAUAUCAUUGAAUAUCCUGUUACUUUGUUUCAUUGAGUAUCCUGUUAAAUUAACUAUAUUGAAUUGUACAAUAUCAGUGAACAGGGUGUAAGUCAUUGCCUCAAGACUCUUGGAGCCACAAAUUGCGACCUCUCAAAACCUGAAGCAGAACAAAGACAUCUGUUGUCCUUCAAGGUUUUUUGUACUGUAGACAUUCUGCACUGGCCGGAAGUCUUUGUCCAUCUGUGCCACACAUAGACUCAGGGUGAUACAGCCUGUGACCAAGGAGGGACUUUGAGACAGCAAUGGACAAACCCAUCCGUCCUCAUGUCCCCUGCAAUGGCUAAGUGUCCUCCCCCAGUGCACUGAAGACGUAACCUGCAGGGCCAUAAGCUACACACAGUUCCUCUGCCCACAACACCAAGUCAAGGUUUGAAUGUCCUGCCUGCGGCGCCAACCUGUGACCAUCCCCAUGGACACCGUCAAGAUCAUCCGGUCAGAGAAGUUUCCUCUGGAGUGUCCUGUCCCAGUGACCCAGCCUCGCUAUGCCCCACCUCCCCGUGUGGCCUGGGAUGGAGGAGGCGAGGGGGAGGUUAUUGUCAACCAGGCAUGUGGUGACCUGACCAUGGAGGUCAAUGGCAACAACGUGGUCCCAUCCAGACCCCUAGUGUCGCCCCCUGCCCCCGUCUUCUGCCGUGAAGCCAGUUACCUUGCCCAGCGCAAGGCCAGUGCAUCCGACAUCUGCUACCAUCAGUUCCACUACAAGAUGGACAAUGUAAUUGUCAACCAGUAUGUGCUCCGCUCUUCCUCCACCUCUUCUUCCUCCUCCUCCACCUCCUCAGACCCGGUAAUGCCAUGCGAACCACUAGACUGCCCCACUUGUGGACACACCUACAACUUUGCCAGCAAGCGGCCACGCAUUCUGUCCUGCUUGCACUCAGUGUGUGAGGAGUGCUUGCAGAUCUUGUAUGAGUCCUGUCCCAAGUACAAGUUCAUCUCCUGCCCCACUUGCCGCCGUGAGACCGUGCUCUUCACUGACUAUGGGCUAGCUGCUUUGGCCAUCAAUACCAGCAUCCUCAGCCGGCUGCCACCUGACCCUGCGGGGACUGUGCAGUGGGGCACCGAUGGUGACCGCAGCUGCUAUCAGACGGUGCGCCAGUACUGUCAGUCGGCUUGCACUUGCCACAUUGCCAACCCCCUCUCUUCCUGUGGCAUCAUGUAGACCAGAAAGGGCAGAUGACUGGCACAACUCAUCCCAAAAACUUUAUCCACCUGUGCCCACCACAUGAGUCACACACAUUCACCCUCCCUGAACAGUCACGGAUGUAUCUGUAUAUUUAAUAGCACAAGAUGCUAUGUGGACUUGAAGUGAAAAAGACACUUGUGUGCAAAGAGAGAUAUGAAAUAUCAGAGUAAUGUAUUUUAUGUAUGAACUGAUUUUCCUCUAGCCCUCAAUCUCUUGUUUGGAUGUGUUUGUCAUUAACAUCUCUUUACAUGGGAAUGCCAAGGGAAGUCUAUCUCCCCCCAUCCUGGGUAAAAUAAAGACCAAUAAAGAAUUAAAAGUUAAACUUUUGGUUUGUUUCAAAGGUAACUUAGUAGCUCAGUCCCUAACGGUAACACACACACACACACACACACACACACACACACACACACACACACCCAGUCCACUAAUUAUUAAAA